CAUAACCACAAGAACAGUCUGUUUGGAUGGGUGACUGUUUACCGUGCUGUAAGAGCUUUGAUUCAAGUGAGUAGUUUGGAUGGGGGACUGUUUACAGUGCUGUUAAGGCUUUGAUUCAAGUGAGUUGGAUUAACCUGCAAUAAGUUAAUUAACCAUACAAAUUCAGAAUUUUUUUACUUUAGACACUAAAAAAACUCAAUGUAAUUUAGUUUGCUUUUCAAUAAAUUUAAAUGUUGAUAAUGUCUCCCUUGUUUUGGUACAGUAUUAUAAAAAAAGUUUAUUGUUGUUGUGAUAGGUCCCAUGGCCACCAGCUCAGUCUUCUGUAGAGUUGUUACGAGAAGCCCUGUGGUGUACAGAUGAGGCUACAAGGUCUGAGGCAUUCCUCAUGUUGUGUUCCACUAUGAAAAAAUCAGGUACACAUUUUGACAGUUUAAUUUAGCAACUUUUAAUUCAGUGCAAUCUUAUUUUGGCUAGAGAUAAAGAUUCAUUAGAAUAUUAAAUUGAAUGAGUUCUUUCUGGUUAUGUUAUUAGAUUUGGCAUUAUUGUUUUAAUUAUUAAGGAAAACUAUAUAAACGUUAACGCCUUUUGAGAUUUUUCUGUCGCUGAUUUUGAAAAAAAACACUAAAAGUAGUCACAUUUUCAGAGAUCGGCCCCCAUCCCAGAUAAAAGUAUUAAAACAUAUCCACAACAGACUAUAAACACAUGUGCUGUGGUAAAUUACGUUUCGUAAAUAUUUUUUUUAAUUGAAGUAUUAUGUUUUUAAUAACUGGCCAUGUCAUCUCUAAGAACCAAUCUCAGAACUGGAAGCAAGUCUUUUACAAGAGUUUAUUCCAGCCAAUCUCAAAACUGACUCGGCAGUUUUCCGUCAGUGCUUGACUUCUGGUCUUAGGAAAUUGUUGGUGAGAAUUAGAGACAGCUGUUUGUCUGCAAUCAAGAGGAAAAAAAUGGAUCAAGACUUUCUUCGUGAGGAUAUUUCAAUUUGUCUUUCGUAUACAGAAUAAUAAAGACCUAACAUUUUGUAACCUUCUGUUGGGAAAACAAGAUAUAGAGCCCUAGAUGUACAUGUGGGGUGGGGUGGAAAGGGGGUUACACACGGCACUCCAUACACAUUUUAUGCAACAUCCCCUUGUUGCACCCUGUAUAUUUUCAUAUAAUCCAAUACAUAUAUAUUAUAUUAUACAUUAAUAAUAAGCUAACAUCACAUGAGCACGGCCAAAUGUAUAAGAAAUUCAACCAAAGACUGUUCUACCUCAAAAAACUGUACAAUUUCGGCGUAAUCAAACAAGUCGUUAACUUAUUCUAUAGUGCAACAAUUGGAUGCCUACUUAAUUUCAAUAUUACCUGCUGUUGUGGGAAUUCAUCGUCUGAUAUUAAACACCGAAUAAACAGACUAAUCAAGAAAGCUAGGAUCAUAACACAAAUAACACGAAUAGCCGCUACUCGGACCCGGGUCCCUUUAGACUAAAUCCCAUUCGGAUGUCAUUUGUGGUAGUUUAUUUUAGUUAAACUGAAGAAGUAAGUUUACAAACAUGUAGUCAAUUCAGUUAUCUUUCAUUUGAUACCUCAUUUUUUUCUUACAAACCCAACAAUAUUUUAAAUAGUUUUUUAAUCCCAACCUCUCACUUCUGAUACCCAGUUGCGAAUAGCCACUUCGUUCACUGAGUGGCUUUUUUUUUCACUUGUGAAUUAAUUUAAUAUAGAUGUCUCGUGUUCAAAUGGUUUUAUUAUGUGCUGAAAAUGUACAAUGCAAUAAAAAAACAGUUCUAUUUGUUUGGAUCAAUAAAAGAAUCUUAUCUAAUCUUAUCUAUAUGCACUGCUAAGGAAAGUCUAAAUUAUAACUAUGACAGCCAUGGGUUAAGAUUCAAUGACUUUCAUAAAUCUUGCAUACAUGUGCUUAUGUUGAGAGUACUGCCCCCAUUCUUUUAACCAAAGCACUGCAAAUGUGUCCCAUUACUAGGCAACGAAUACAACAUUUUAGUGAUGAUUUUUAUUAUUCGUUAUUAACAGUUGUAGAUGACAAAUUUACAAUAUUUUAUCCAAACUUUUUCUAUUAUUUGCCACUCAAAAUAAAUUCAAGCUACUUUUAGGCAAUACAAUAGCUGAGUACAAUGAAUAUUCUCUUCUUGAGACACUUAACUAUACAGUUGUAAAGCUGGAAGUCAGUUAUAGACAAAAAUUAAAUUGACCGAUUAAAUAAUAGAAAGAUUAAAUUUGGUUAAAGUUCUCUGAUGGUAUUAAUGAAGUUAUUUAUUGAUUUGUGUGCAAAUUAAUGAAAUCUUUUGAUAACCAUGACUUCACAGAACGGGGUGUUAACUUUGUGGACCAGUUACAUCAAGUCCUGAUGUUGAGUUUAGCAC